AUGUCGAUGCAAGUGGAUGGUGGCCGAUGCACGCUGUCAUCAUCGCUUUUCGGUGGCUUCUUGGUUUCUCCACUCGACUUUAUCCCUUCCCUCGCCUCCCUAUCUUUCCGGAGAAAAAUCCCCUUUGAGAUUCCAGUCCGAAGCGCAGGGGUAAUAGUCGCCCGUAAAUCGACUAGAUUCUGCCGGGGAAGGUGCGGUACACGAGGUGUCCCUCACACCGUUAUCCCGCAACUUGUCACAGCUACCCCUGAGGAACCAAUGGAGGUCUUCAACUGCCUCUUCACCUGGCAGAUUGUAUGCCUGCCUAAAGCCGAGGUGCUGAACCAAACUGUCAAUCUGGCUGGAAUGGGGCCGCUUUAUUCGGUGCGGACCGUCUGGGUGGGGCAGAAUGAAACCUUCCACAAUCCAGCCAUCCAUUCAUUCCUCGGGGCUGCUAUCCAUCCUAUUUUACAUACACAGGACGGAAUACGGCACACGAUGAUCGGGGCGGCUUUACAUGAGUCAAGGGCCAUAGCCAAACGGGUGGACGGACCAGGCAAAGCCGGCGCCUGA